UAUGACUGCUUCCUGUCAGGUGUUCUCAGCAUUGAUGGCUAUUAAAACAAUGACAGACUAGAUGCUAAGUCAGUGGGUACAACCAACUUGAAUGAUGAGUCAAUAGCUGUAUAGCCAGUAUCAUUCCUUCGAGGAACCACUAUGUCUGCUUCUGCAGCCAUUCGCAGUGCAAAGAAUGUCCUCCGAAAGGAGAUCAAGAAGAGGGUAGCCAUGUUGAGUGAGCAAGAGAAGGAAAAACAGUCAAAGAUUGUCGUAGAAAAGCUGUUGAAGUUACCACAAAUCCAGAACAGUCAGCGUGUCUGUCUAUACUUGAAUAUGUCUGAUGAGGUGAAGACUGUGUCUCUGUUGAAAUCAAUUCUUGACUUGAAGAAAGAGUGUUUUGUUCCCCAGUAUAUUGGUCCGGUCAUGAAAAUGGUGAAACUUGAGUCCUUUGAAGAUUAUGAAAAUUUUCCUAUGACAAAGUGGAAGAUAAAACAACCUGCUGAUGAUGAUUUAAGGGAGGAUGCUCUUAAUACAGGUGGUCUGGAUGUAGUGGUGAUGCCGGGGCUGGGCUUUACUAAGGCUGGAGCUCGUCUUGGCAGGGGAAAGGGGUACUAUGAUACUUACCUGGAGAAGUGUGCUCAAGCUGGAUACCAGCCAUUUACAGUUGCCCUGGCAUUCACAGAACAAAUCUGUGACACUGUUCCGACCGAUACAAAUGAUGUACCUAUUGACCUUGUUUUAUAUCCGUCUGAGGAGUCAUAGCGAUAGAGAGAUGUAGGACAUUGCUUUAUUGUUGCCAUUUCCUGAUGGUUAAACUCUUUUAAAUUUUUGUCAAACCAAAAUCAUGUGUGGCUGUAGAAAAAUUCCUGAAGAAAACUUGGUGUGUGUGAUAAUUACCUGAAGUUAUGUAUUGUCUACCUUGAUAAGCCAUGAAUCAUUUCAUCACCAGGUAAUCCAGAAUGGCAUUAUUACUUUUAAACUCCAAAUGAUGUUUUUUUGGAAAAUGCCUGUGUCUUAAUGUGAGAUUUGUUAUUAUUGAUGUACGUUGAUGGCUUACCUUAACGAAAGGUAAAUCUGAAACAGAAAGUUAUCCCAGGAUGAUUAAGUAUGAUCUGGCUUGGAAGGUGUGUGGACAUGAUUCUGGUUGGUAUAUGGUCCCUUAAGUUGAUGGUGCUUCAGAAAUUACAUUUCAUAAUUGUUUUGAAAUUUUGUAAGAUAGCUUGGUUUUUUUUUGCUAAACAAAGGCAACAAAACAUUCACAGCAGAUAUCAGGAGUUAGAUAGAGGUUUGAAUAUAUGGUGAUUAUUAAACCGUGGGGAGAUAUUCUAUCAUUGAACAGUUCAGACCUGAUCAGAAAUUAAGUAUGAUUUUAUCACCUAUGGAAGUAAUUGAUGAGAUAUGUGGUAAAAAAAAUCUGGUUUUAAUUUCAAUACCGACAUUUUCAUAUUUCACUGCAAUCUCAGAAUUGUGUGCAGCUGAUGCUUAUGUCUUUUCUACAAGCAUUAAUUUUUGGAUUCUGUGAUUGAUAUAAAUUGUGAAGAUAUUCUCAAAAUUAAAUGCAUAAUGCCUUUAA